AUGGUACGGCUCGAACCCCUGUUGCUGCUUCACGCUGUCGGCGUGCUAGCAGCAGUUUACCACGACUCCUCAGGACCCUCAUCAUCUCUGGGGACGUUCCAGAAUCCUUCUGUCCGGUGCCGACCUCGUUUUCGAUAUUGGCUCCCGGAUGCGGGAGUUGACAAGGGGAUAGUUUCGACAAACAUCAAAGACAGUGGGGAGCGAGGCGCAGGUGGUAUCGAAUUCGUCCCAUUCUACAACUACGGUGGUGAAGCUGGCGAUCCGCCACCUCAAGCCGACUGGGUCACCAAUGGGUUCGGUACACCAGCCUUUCGCGAUGUGUUUCGCGCUGCUCUCCAAGCACAUAAAGAGGCGGGCUUGUUGAUGGAUUUCGCACUGGGCCCGAAUCAGGGUCAGGGUGUUCCGGCUUCCAGUGAUGAUCCUGGCCUGCAAUGGGAUCUGGUUCCGUUCUCCGUUCCAGUCGGCAGCAAUGAAACCUUCCAAGGGCCGCUUCCCGGCUGGGGAACCGGAGAACUGAUCGCAGUGGUAUUGGCGGAAGUUCUUUCACAGACCAACAUCUCACUACCAGAGAUUGACUCGCCCUUUCUCACAGCCCAGAGUGGCUAUCUCAGUUUAGUGCUUGAACAUGAGAGUCUGACCGACAUUACAGACCAAGUUUCUGAGGAUGGUCAGCUUUCAAUAAGCCUUCCCACGGAUAGGGACGGUGUUGGCCACCGAAUUUUCGCCUACUACCAAAAGCGGACCUUGCACAAGAAUCUGCACUUUACGAAUAAUGCUACAACGACAAUCUGGGACAACGGGUCUUUCGCUGUGGAUCACUACAGCUCACGCGGUGCUCAGACGGUCAUUGAUUUCUGGGAGAGUCAUAUUCUUAUCGAUGGUGUAAAGGAGUUAUUGAUGGAAGUAGGGAAUUACGACUCUGGGGCUGGCUAUAUCAACGACUACCGCAGCGUCCUCGAAGAUUGCUAUCGGGAGUACCUCCAGACGAUUACUGACUGGGCACGCCAUGAGCUCCAUCUUGAGUUUUCAGCACAAGUAUCCUACAAUCUCCCUAUGGAUAUGGAGGUAAAUAUACCUGUCGUAGAUGCUCCUGAAUGUGAAAGCCUUCAGUUUGGCGAUAGCGUCGAUGCCUACCGCCAGUUUUCGGGACCAGCAUUGCUUGCUGGUAAAAGAAUUAUCUCAAACGAGAUGGGUGCAACAAUGGCUGCUUACGGUUAUCCCUUUCGAAAUCUUCUGUUCUCCGUUGGCCGUGCUAUUGUAGGUGGUGUGAACCAGUUGGUUCUGCACGGGCAGAGCUAUACUGGAGAUUACUACGAGACAACUUGGCCAGGCUACACUGCCUUCUCAUACUCAACCUCCGAACUUUAUUCCAACAAACAGCCCUCAUGGGAUCACGGGUUGUCGGAUGUUCUGAACUUUUUCGCCAGAGUUCAAUAUACCCAACGACAGGGUAUCCCAAGAGUGGACGUGGCCAUUUAUAAUAAAGUCUCAGCCACCGACGCUGCCGCAUUUCCCUCUAUGUAUCAAGCGGACGACUUGGUUAAUGAAGGUUGGUCGUGGGCAUAUCUUUCCCCAGAUAACUUCGCCCUCCCAGCGGCUACCGUGAGAAACGGUACUCUAGGUCCCGAUGGACCGCGGUUCAAGGCUCUGGUCAUAACAAGUAACAGUACUAUGACGCUCUCAGGGCUACACAAGAUCCAGGAAUACGCGAUUCUUGGACUACCGAUCAUCAUGAGCGGAGGGUUGCCAGGCAUCUUUCCUUCCGCCAAUGAAAGUGUAAGCGCCACCAUUGAAGCAGGCCUAGCACAUUUAUCAACCUCCCCCAAUGUGCAUCUCGUUCGUACUGGUGGUGUCGCUGAUAAAUUAUCCGCCCUUGGGCUAUCGCCUCAUAUCCAAGUUCAAACCGACGGGAGAUGGUUAACAACCUGGAGAGAAGACUCCUCGAGCGGUAUCGACUACGCCUUGAUUUUCUGCGAUUCAAAUACUUCCUCCGGAUAUAUCACGAUCACUGGCUCUGCGAAGGAUAAGGUCCCCUUCUACCUCAACGCUUGGACGGGUGCUAUGUCCCCCGUUUUCACGUACAAUGUGACGGAUCAUGCCUUGACCCUGCCGGUAUCGCUCCAAGGCAACCAGACAAUGAUCAUCGCAUUUUCACCACGUGGGCUGAAUAAAUCUGGAGAACCAACGGUCCAUGCUAUCGAGACUCCUCCUUCGGUGAUCGGUGCAACCUUUGACCAGAGCAACGGCUGGGUCGCCCAUGUCACCAACCAGGGGUCUGAACCCACGCCCGAAAGAAUCCAUUUGUCCAGCGACAGAUACGUUGAGCUGCCUCAACACCAGCGAACAGCGAGUGCGUUUAAUCUGACCAACUGGCACCUCGUUGCCGAGCAUUGGGAAACCCCAACGAAUCUCAGUGAUGCCAAUACCAUUGCUCGGAAACAUAAUACCACCCAUGAAUUGCCGGCACUGGUGUCAUGGAGCGAGAUUCCUAUCCUCAGAAACGCGUCUGGGCUGGGUUACUAUACCACAACGUUCCAGUGGCCACCUACCACGCACGCAGGGAUUGACGGAGCUGCAGAGGGCGCUUACAUCGUCUUCCCCUCAAUCCUACAUUCAAUCCAGCUCUCCAUCAACGGACACAGGGUCCCGCCAUUAGACUACACCGACGCCAAGGCGGAUAUCUCCCGGUAUCUGAAAGGCGGCACAAACGAAGUCCGAGCAGUCGUUCCAACCACAAUGUGGAACUAUAUUCGGAGUAUCCUGCCAGAGAUACGCGACCAAGGCCAUCUCCCAGGCCUACUUGUCGAGGGACUGCCCGUGCCAGGUAUUUCGGAAAACGGCCUGGUUGAAGAAGUUACUGUUAUUCCAUAUUCGAAACUGUUGAUCCGUUAA